AUGUACAGCAGUCGAUAUCGGCUUUUGCGGGGGGAUCUCAUAAUGGUUUACCAGAUUCUGAAGAACCCAAACCACAUUUGCCGUCCGCUUCUGGAAUUGAACCACAACACUAAACUAAGAGGUCACCCUCUGAAACUGACAAUUCAGUAUAGCCGGCUUGAAUGCCGCAAAAAUUUCUUUUCACUCCGCGUGUGCCAGCCUUGGAACGCCCUCCCUAAUUAUGUCGUCUCUGCUCCCAAUCUGGCAAUAUUUAAAAAACGUGUUGACGAUGCAUUGUCUCACUUACAUUUCAUUUUAUGA